AUCUCAAACGAUCGAAUUAUUUCAGUAAAUUUCCACUCAUCCUCGUUGCGUUAUUAGCUCAGAAUCAUGGCUUCUUUACUCUAAAAGAGUUUACAGUGGAGUGAUGGAGCAGCAAUGCCAAUUUUGGUUGCCCAAGAAGAAGCGUUUAUGCGCAAAUUUUGCAUUGCUUGGCUCACAGUUUUGCGGAAACCACAAGCCUGAUUCAGUUGAGAGCAGGAUUCCAUGUCCAAUCGAUCCAUCUCACACUAUCCUACAGGUGGAUGUAGCUGCACAUGUCAAAAAGUGUCCCUUAGUUAAGCAGAUUGAGGCAUUGAAAUUGAAGCCUUACUAUGAAGAGGGUAUUAAUUCUGGCAGUGAUGGAGAAGAUGAUUCAAAUUGUAGUAGUCUCUCUUCUAUUCAUGGAAAGUGUACUCUACCAAGAGAAGUUGAAGGAAUUUGGACCAGUGAGAUUGGAGAUAAUGCAUCUUUUGAAGGUGACAAAGUGAUGGAUGAAGGUGAAUACCAGCAGCAGGUCAUGUGGAGAAAUUUCUUGAGUUCCUCUCAUUCAGAUAAUAAAGCCACUCAAAGCAUGAAGCGCAAAGCUAUAUUCACAAUGUCAGGAGAUGAAUUUUAUGCAUUGGUUGAGAAAAUAGAGUCAGCUCACUUGGCUAUCUGUCAAAACAACAUAGACAAGUCCUAUUUUCAGCCUAAUGCCUGUGACAAAGGGUUGAAUGCAGGACUAGAUAGGAGAUUGCCCUUCCAAGAGAAGCAUGCGAUACAGCAGGCGUCCAUACUUGGAAAUCUAGAAAUGAUGGGAAUUAUUAGGAGAUUGGAAUCUGUUUCAGAGACAAUAAAAUAUUCUGAAAGUGGAGAAGGAAAUAUGAAUAUGGGAGAAAUAAAAGGGGUGGAAUCUCAGCUAAAAGUCAUAGAGUUUGGGGCUGGAAGAGGUUAUCUAACUCACAUGCUUUUUGACUGCUAUGGCAUUAAGGAUAUAGUACUAGUGGAGCGCAGGUCCUAUAAGUUCAAGGCUGAUCGAACUUUGCGACAAGCAGACGGUGUGAACUUAGAGCGCCUAAGAAUAGACAUUAAAGAUUUGAAACUUGAAGCCGUGGAAUCGUUGAAGGGUUGUCAUUAUACUGCAGUGGGAAAACAUCUUUGUGGACCUGCAACAGAUCUUGCCUUAAGAUGCUGUCUUCAUGGGAGCAACAGGAAGAAUAUAUCUGAAGAUAUGAAGAGAAGAGGAAGUUGUCCGUAUAUAAAAGGUCUUGCAAUUGCAACAUGUUGCCACCAUCUUUGUCAAUGGAAAUCUUAUGUGAAUAAAAGGUUUUUUCUCAACCUGGGUUUUACAAGAGAAGAAUUUUGUGCGAUAACAUGGUUUACAAGCUGGGCACUUGAUGGGGAGCAUUCUUCUGAACAUUCAGAUGCAGUGAAUUGUGAAACCAAUUUACCAGUUUGUGAUACUGUUGAAGCUCCCACUAAUGCUAAUGAUGAAAUGGGAGAUAUUAUUAGAUCCCUCAAUCCAGCUAGAAGGGCAAUACUUGGAGUGAAGUGUAAAGAGAUCCUAGAUACUGGAAGACUUGUUUGGUUGAGAGAGCAGGGAUUAGAUGCAAAACUAGUUGACUAUGUUCCAACCAAAGUAUCUCCUGAAAACAGGUUGCUCCUUGCAAGCAAUGGCAGAAAAAGGUAGGAAUAAUGGAAAAGCAGAUAGUAAUUUUUGCAGAACUGCCUGACCAAAGACAAUGGAGUAGAGCAUGAAAAUCUUUAUUCUAUAUCCCAGUUAGCAGCAUUUGAUAUGAUCAAUAGUUUCCAUAAAACUUUUCUCUCAAGCAGUUAUCCCCUUAUUUUCUUAUGGGAUGUCACGUGAUCUCAUGUUGCACAUCAUUGCGUUUAAAUGAUUUUGCAGGCAAUCAUGUCUGGUUUCACAAUAUUUUCUUAACCAUACCCCAUCAACAUACUUGAAUCCAUGUAAUAUUUUCAACUUAACUAUUUGGAUUUGGAAGCACGUAAUACAGACACACUUUUGUUUGUCAGGAGCUCAUUGCUGAGAUUGCAAGUGUUUGUAAAGUUUCAGGCCUUGUGAACAGGUAUCUGUAGACGUUCAUUAUUUAGGUCUUGUUUUCCUCUUCCGAGCCAAAAAAAUUAUUACGGUUUUAUUCAUUAAAAUUGGAUCAAAAAUAUCAAAUGCAAAGUUAAAUGUGAACAAAUCAUAAAUAUCA